AUGACCAGCCUUGUGAAGCCUCCAAUUGUUGCUAUGCCUAUCCAUUCCCUUCCAGGUUCAUCUGCCACUGCUUCCUAUGCUGAUCCAGAGCUAGCAGAAUUUGAGGCUAUGGAUCUGGACGCCCAGUUGGACAAGCUUGAGAAACUCAGCUCUACUCCUGGCAAGGGCAAGUACAAGGCGGUGGAUGAGGAAGUGGAUAGAGUGAAGAUCUAG